AUGGCUACCACUGCCUAUCGAUGGAUCAGGAUCAGAAUCAUUCAUAUCCCCAAACAUACGCCGCUGCCGACAACGAAAGUGAUGAAGGAAGUCAAUCAGAGAGACAUGUUCGCACAGAUGGAGUGUCUGAAAGCUGCACUACUUUGCAGUAGGAGAUCGAAUCUGUCAAGAAGGAACCGGCCUGCGCUGCCCCCCGAAGAGGACAGCUCGUCGCACACGAGUCGGCCUGGAUAG